UGUGGAAUAGAACAUGGCGAAUUUAGUCAAAAUGCGUGCAAUUAUUCAACGCCUGACAACCAAUUAAUUGGCAAAAGAGUGCGGCAGGCAGGCAGGCAGCCAGCAGUGAGAACGGGAGAGCCGGAGCGCCGGAGCGAACUCACACAGCUCGAGGCAACAAGUCGAGAAGCCCACAAAAAGUUAGGCGCAACUGUCGAGCCGGUUAACGCCUCCCAAGUGCAUCAACAAACAGCAAACAGAGCGGCAGUGCCGGCAGAGUUAGAGGCAGCGGCCACAAAAACUUGACCGAUUUUUAAAUCAAUUCGGUGACGGCCGUGUCGCUAAUCUCGCCCAGAGAGCCCCAUUCACAAUCGCCAUCCAAAUCGCGAUGAUUUAUGCAGCUUAUUUGGAAAAUUCCGUCAGAAUUCCGGAGCAUAUAUAUUCACGACAUAUACAUAUUUGAUAUGUAAACCACGAAUCGUGUAAACAAAAGAGUAAACAUUGCACAAGCCGACGAUAUUGGAGAGCUCCACACCGUCUGACUUGACUAUUUGGGGGCGUGCGUAUUGACAUUGACCCACCGGGACGGUGUGCCACACAAAUUCGCUGUUCUGGAUGGAGACAGCGUGCGGGUGCCGUGGCCCACGAGACGAGAACGGAUCAGCUGGAGCAGCGGCAUCGGCAGCGGCAGCGAGACCAGCCUCGACAUCGGCUUUGGCUAGCGGUUGUCAAGUACAGGCCCAGGCCCAUGCCCAAUAUCAACCACAGCCGGCACGACAACAACAUGGCCAUAAGGGAACAGCAACGAACAAACUGUAAUUCAUGGUUACAAGAACCCAACAAACUGCUGCUAUUGGUGGUGAACACGGAUAUACACCCAUCUCAAUAGUACCGCCAUGAAUGAGACAGAGUGCGAGGAUCUCAUCAAAUCUGUGAAAUGGACGGAACCAGCCAAUCUGAUCUCCCUGGCCAUACUCGAGUUCAUCAACGUUCUGGUCAUUGGUGGCAACUGCCUUGUGAUUGCCGCCGUCUUCUGUUCGAACAAGUUGCGCAGUGUCACCAACUUCUUCAUCGUUAAUUUGGCUGUGGCCGAUCUACUGGUGGGUCUAGCGGUGCUGCCCUUUUCCGCCACCUGGGAGGUGUUCAAGGUCUGGAUAUUCGGCGAUGUGUGGUGUCGCAUUUGGCUGGCCGUAGAUGUCUGGAUGUGCACCGCCUCGAUUCUGAAUCUGUGUGCCAUAUCCCUGGAUCGGUAUGUGGCGGUCACGCGACCCGUCACCUACCCAAGCAUCAUGUCAACGAAGAAGGCCAAGUCCUUAAUCGCCGGCAUUUGGGUACUCUCAUUUGUUAUUUGCUUUCCGCCCCUUGUUGGCUGGAAGGAUCAAAAGGCCGUUGAACAGCCGACCUAUUCGCGGGGAAACUAUACGCUUUUCUAUGCCACCACGAUGUCAAGCACAGAGGAGGGGCAACUAGAGUUAGAUAGCAUUAAGGAACAGGGCGAGCUGGAGAGCUCCGCCCACAUUAGCAAUGGCAACGCCUACAAUCCCUACGAUCCCGACUUUGCGCCCAUCGAUGGCUCCGCCGAGAUACGGAUUGCCGCCAUGACCACGAGCAGCAGCACCACCACAAGUACCACAUCAUCCCCCAGUCUAUCCUCCACCGAAAUGGAACAGGAUCUGACGAGCGCGCCGCCGCAGAACAGAGUCCAGACAACGCCGGGCAGCUGCCCCUGGAAGUGUGAGCUGACCAACGAUCGCGGCUACGUACUGUACUCAGCCCUCGGAUCGUUCUACAUACCCAUGUUCGUGAUGCUCUUCUUCUACUGGCGCAUCUACCGGGCCGCGGUGCGCACCACGCGGGCCAUCAACCAGGGCUUCAAGACCACCAAGGGCAGUCCCCGUGAGUCGGGUAACAAUCGCGUCGACGAGUCACAGCUGAUACUGCGGAUACACCGGGGACGUCCCUGCAGCACACCACAGCGCACCCCGCUCUCCGUGCACUCGAUGUCCUCGACCCUGAGCGUGAACAGCAACGGAGGCGGCGGAGGAGCUGGCGAGGAUCACCAUCAGUCCGCCUCGCAGAUGGGCACGCCCAAGCGAGCCACCUCGAUGCGUGUCAGUCGCCAGCGACCCGAGAAGGUGGCCAUCAAGGUGUCCUUCCCCUCGUCCGAGAACGUCCUGGAAUCACAGAGAACGUCAGGCCAGCAGCCUCCACACUCCCCCACCCCACACUUUGCGGUCAUCAGCAGCUCCAACGGGCGACGGGCCUCCUUCAAGACCAGCCUCUUCGACAUUGGGGAAACGACCUUCAAUCUGGACACCACGGCCCAGACGGCCACGGAUUUGGAGAGCGGUCACGCAGCUGCUUCGACGGCAGCCAAGAAGCGGGCGGGCAAGCGCAGCGCAAAGUUCCAGGUGAAGCGCUUCCGCAUGGAAACGAAGGCAGCCAAGACGCUGGCCAUCAUCGUGGGCGGCUUCAUCGUCUGCUGGCUGCCCUUCUUCACGAUGUAUCUGAUACGAGCCUUCUGCGAGAGCUGCAUCCAGCCGACGGUCUUCUCGGUGCUCUUCUGGCUGGGCUACUGCAAUUCGGCAAUCAAUCCCGUGAUCUAUGCGCUCUUCUCCCACGAGUUUCGCAUCGCCUUCAAGCGCAUCGUCUGCCGCUGCGUGUGCACGAGGAGUGGCUUCAGGGCCUCGGAGAACUUCCAGAUGAUCGCCGCCCGAGCUCUGAUGGCUCCUGCCACAUUCCACAAAACCAUUUCCGGCUGCUCGGACGACGGCGAUGCCGUGGACUUUAGCUGACUAAUCGGCAGCUACGAGACGAGUCCGAGUCCGGGUCCGGGUCCGCUUCAGCGCACAUCCUCGCUGCCCCAGGACUCCAGCGAUGCGGUGCUGGGGGACGAGGGGUCUGGCAGCACGCGCCGAGUACGGCGCGGCGGCUUCUGCAAGGGACGCGUUCUCUGAAGGGGGCAAUGCAUUUCGACUUUUGAUACUUUUCGACUCUUGUGAACGUCGCCAGUAGCAGUAAUCCCAAUCGGAUAUACACAUAGAUAUACAUAUGUAUGUAUGUCCCGAUCCCCGCCAGCAUCCCACUAUACAAAUUGUCAGUAUUCGCAUUGAACGACGUUGUAACUGUAUGGCAAUAAUUUUCAUGUAUUUACCUAGAUCUAAGGCUAUGUUAAACUACUUACUAUACAUAUAUAGUUACUCGUACAGAUACAAACCUACAUAACUACUCGUAUAACAACUCGUAUGAGGCACAAGAUACAAUUCACGAUACACAAGAUACAAGAUACAAGCCGACUAGCCGUAAGCAGCCCAUUAUUGUUUUCAGUUCUGUUGUGUACAUUUGUUAGGCGCAAGGACAAAAAUCUCAUCAAAUUAGCUACAUAAAAGAUAUACAGAUAUACUCGUAUAUAUGUAUGUGGAUAAAUGUGUAUGUUUGUGUGUGUACAGCAGCUGUGUAAGUCAACUGCAGUUUCAAUAAAAACGAGAGCAGAGAAAACAAAUCGAAAUAAAUACAAAUAAAGAAUAAAAAAGCCAAAAAACAAAAACAAAAAAACAAGUGCCGACAACGAAAUGACCAGAAAUUGGCAAAUACCAAAUACCGGGUCAAUCAAAGGUAGCGACAGCUUGUCUGUGAGGGAAGUGGCCUCAGGCCCACGACCAGAGACAUUCCGAAUCAUCAAAAAAUAAAUGAAGUCUCCAUACACCACACCAACGAUGAUAUGCCCUCUCAACAAUCCGACAAUCCAACAAUCAAGCUGCCAUCUGUAUGGGAAUUUGCUGUAAUUCUCCUGUCGGCAUCGAUUGGGCGACACACAAAAAUUAAUUAUAUUUUUAAGCGUACUCGAAUAUCCGUUCAAGUUUGAUUCUUCAUUCUACUGGCCUUUUUCUUGGGCAGUGUAUAGAAAUUUCAUUCAACGCUUUCGUCUGCAGCACACAUGAGUGGGCUGGUUCCCUUUGACCCAUAUGGUCUGGUGCUCUUCGACAUCAAUGAUGCUCCGUCUUUUGCACUGGCCAGCAUCAGCAGACGUUCAAGAGACCGUUAUUAAAUUGCUGAAAGAGUACUUCGCGGCAUAAGCUGGCAGAUGGGCCAAGGGCAAGAAGUGGGUUUAAAGCUAUCGCUUGACAAUAAAUCAGCUUUUAAUUCUUUAAGAGCCAAGGCAGGAGCAACCUCAGAAGCAGCAGGAGCAAGAGCAUCCCAAGAUUAUUCAUUACUUGUCGUGGGUCGAGUACUCGUAAUGAAAAUGUAUUCAGCAGUUAAACGUGCGUAUGAGUAAUAAAUGCAGAGCAAGCGAUGGCUGAGCCAUAUGGCCAGGGUACUAGGGUUCACUAGGGGGGGAAAAGUGAGAGAGCGGUGAUUAUGCAA